AUUGAACAUCUGUUAAAUUCUUACAGUUGGAGAAAGAAGUUGAAACCAAGGAGAAGUGGAAUGGGAAAUGAGUCAAGGGAUUUAUUUUCAAGGAUCUUACGAUGUAGUUGAGGAGAUGGGAUUGGUCAAAAGAUGACCAGUAACCCCAAAUAACAUAUAUCAAUCAAAUGAAAGCUUUGUAUGUUCUAGGAUGUUACACGAGCAAGGAAGAGGGAUGUCAUGUCAGCCUGGGAGCCCCGCUAGGAGGAAGGGACAUUCGAUCUUUGAAGAAUGAGUAUGGAUCAAGUUGACCAGAGUUAAGUACAUUCCAAGCAGAAGGAACAGCAUGGCAAAGACAUGGUUGUUCUUCAGGAAAAAAUGGUUGUUUCUUUGAACUCAUGCCUGGGCUUUAUCUGUCUAUUGUUAUGCCACUGGAUUGGGACGGUAUCACCUCUGAAUCUUGAAGACCCCAAUGUGUGUAGCCACUGGGAAAGCUACUCAGUGACUGUGCAAGAGUCAUACCCACAUCCCUUUGAUCAGAUUUAUUACACCAGCUGCACUGACAUCCUGAACUGGUUUAAAUGCACUCGGCACAGAAUCAGUUAUCGGACAGCCUAUCGACAUGGGGAAAAAACUAUGUAUAGGCGCAAAUCCCAGUGUUGUCCUGGAUUUUACGAAAGCAGGGACAUGUGUGUCCCUCACUGUGCUGAUAAAUGUGUCCAUGGUCGCUGCAUCGCUCCAAACACCUGUCAGUGUGAGCCUGGCUGGGGUGGGACCAACUGCUCCAGUGCAUGUGAUGGUGAUCACUGGGGGCCUCACUGCAGCAGCAGGUGCCAGUGCAAGAAUGGGGCUCUGUGCAACCCCAUCACAGGGGCGUGCCACUGUGCUGCAGGCUUCCGGGGCUGGCGUUGUGAGGACCGCUGUGAGCAGGGCAGCUAUGGUAAUGACUGUCACCAGAGAUGCCAGUGCCAGAACGGAGCCACCUGCGACCAUAUCACGGGGGAAUGCCGGUGCUCACCAGGAUACACCGGGGCCUUCUGUGAGGAUCUUUGCCCCCCUGGCAAACAUGGACCACAGUGUGAGCAGAGAUGCCCCUGCCAAAACAGAGGAGUGUGUCACCACGUCACCGGAGAAUGCUCCUGCCCUUCUGGAUGGAUGGGCACAGUCUGUGGUCAGCCUUGCCCAGAGGGUCGCUUUGGAAAGAACUGUUCCCAAGAAUGUCAGUGCCAUAAUGGAGGGACAUGUGACGCUGCCACAGGCCAAUGUCAUUGCAGUCCAGGAUACACAGGAGAACGGUGCCAAGAUGAGUGCCCUGUUGGGACCUAUGGCGUUCACUGUGCAGAAACCUGCCGGUGUGUCAACGGAGGGAAGUGCUACCAUGUGAGCGGCACGUGCCUCUGCGAGGCCGGCUUUGCUGGCGAGCUCUGUGAAGCGCGCCUCUGUCCAGAGGGUCUCUAUGGCAUCAGAUGUGACAAGCAGUGCCCCUGCCACCUGGAGAACACUCAGAGCUGUCACCCCAUGUCUGGAGAGUGUGCCUGCAAGCCAGGCUGGUCGGGACUCUACUGUAAUGAGACUUGCUCUCCUGGAUUCUAUGGGGAAGCUUGCCAGCAGAUCUGCAGCUGCCAAAAUGGGGCUGACUGUGACAGUGUGACUGGAAAGUGCACCUGUGCCCCAGGAUUCAAAGGAAAUGACUGCUCUUCCCCAUGCUUUCCUGGAACCUAUGGGAUAAACUGUUCCUCUCACUGUGGCUGUAAAAAUGAGGCAGUCUGUUCUCCUGUGGAUGGUUCUUGUACUUGCAAGGCAGGCUGGCACGGUGUGGACUGCUCCAUCAGCUGCCCCAGUGGCACAUGGGGCUUUGGCUGUAAUUUAACCUGCCAGUGUCUUAAUGGGGGAGCUUGCAACACCCUGGAUGGAACUUGCACGUGUGCCCCUGGAUGGCGUGGACAGAAGUGUGAAUUUCCCUGCCAGGAUGGCACAUACGGGCUGAACUGUGCUGAGCGCUGUGACUGCAGCCAUGCAGAUGGCUGCCACCCCACCACAGGCCACUGCCGUUGCCUCCCCGGAUGGUCAGGUGUGCACUGUGACAGCGUGUGUGCCGAGGGACGCUGGGGCCCCAACUGCUCCCUGCCCUGCUACUGUAAAAAUGGGGCUUCGUGCUCCCCUGAUGAUGGUAUCUGUGAAUGUGCACCUGGAUUCCGAGGCACCACUUGCCAGAGAAUAUGCUCCCCUGGUUUUUAUGGGCAUCGCUGCAGCCAGACAUGCCCACACUGUGUCCACAGCAGCGGGCCCUGCCACCACAUCACAGGCCUAUGUGACUGCUUGCCUGGCUUCACAGGUGCCCUCUGUAAUGAAGUGUGUCCCAGUGGCAGAUUUGGGAAAAACUGUGCAGGAAUUUGCACUUGCACCAACAAUGGCACCUGUAACCCCAUUGACAGAUCUUGUCAGUGCUAUCCAGGUUGGAUCGGCAGUGACUGCUCCCAACCCUGUCCACCUGUGCAUUGGGGCCCAAACUGCAUCCACACUUGCAACUGCCACAAUGGAGCCUUCUGCAGUGCCUACGAUGGAGAAUGUAAAUGCACUCCUGGCUGGACAGGGCUCUACUGCACUCAGAGAUGCCCUCUGGGGUUUUAUGGCAAGGACUGUACACUGAUAUGCCAGUGUCAGAAUGGAGCCGACUGCGACCACAUCUCUGGGCAGUGUACCUGCCGCACGGGAUUCAUGGGCAGGCACUGCGAGCAGAAGUGCCCUGCAGGAACAUACGGCUAUGGCUGUCGCCAGAUAUGUGACUGUCUGAACAACUCCACCUGUGACCACAUCACUGGGACCUGUUACUGCAGCCCAGGAUGGAAGGGGGCACGGUGUGAUCAAGCUGGUGUUGUAAUAGUCGGAAACCUGAACAGCUUGAGCCGAACCAGCACUGCCCUCCCGGCUGAUUCCUACCAGAUUGGUGCCAUUGCGGGCAUCAUCAUCCUUGUCCUUGUUGUUCUCUUCCUCCUGGCAUUGUUCAUUAUUUAUAGACACAAACAGAAGGGGAAGGAGUCAAGCAUGCCAGCAGUUACCUACACUCCUGCCAUGAGGGUCAUCAAUGCAGAUUACACCGUUUCAGAAACCCUGCCCCACAGCAAUGGUGGAAAUGCCAACAGCCACUACUUCACCAAUCCUAGUUAUCACACACUUACCCAGUGUGCCACCUCUCCUCAUGUCAACAACAGGGACAGGAUGACCAUUGCCAAGUCAAAGAACAAUCAACUACUUGUGAAUCUUAAAAACAUGAAUCCUGGGAAGCGAGGCCCAGCUGUAGACUGCACAGGGACACUGCCGGCAGAUUGGAAACAUGGUGGCUACUUCAAUGAACUCGGUGCUUUUAGACUGGAGAGAAGCUAUAUAGGAAAAUCCUUAAAAGAUCUGGGGAAGAAUUCUGAAUAUAAUUCAAGUAACUGCUCCCUGAGCAGUUCAGAAAACCCAUAUGCCACUAUUAAAGACCCACCUGUGCUUCUCCCUAAAAAUUCAGAGUGUGGCUAUGUGGAGAUGAAGUCACCUGCGAGAAGAGAUUCCCCAUAUGCAGAGAUCAAUAACUCAGCUUCAGCCAGCAAGAAUGUCUAUGAAAUUGAACCUACAGUGAGUGUUGUCCAAGGAAUAUUCAGCAAUAAUGGGCAUCUCACUCAGGAUCCAUAUGACCUCCCAAAGAACAGUCACAUCCCUUGCCAUUAUGACCUAUUGCCAGUCCGGGACAGUUCAUCCUCCCCCAAGCAAGAGGAUGGUGGCAGCACCAGUAGCAGCAGCAGCAGCAGCAGCAGCAGCAGCAGCAGCAGCAGUGAAUGACACCAAAGAACGAUGGGGUGACCACUGGAAGCCUUUCCAGAACUGCAGUUCAGUUAUUCUCCAUUCAAGUUUGCCUCCUCAGUGAAUGUUAAUCAACUUGGUAGGCAAUUGUUGGACAUGAAUCAGAAAGCGCAAAGCUGAGGCUGGCACUGGUUAUAGGUGCUGUUUGUACAGGUGGCUUGGAAGGAGAUAGCACUGUGAUUUCCUGUUUGUUGUUAGUUUUAGAACUGCACCUGUGAAGCAUGACUUAUUGUAAGAUGUUGGCUAAAAGUUUGAACUUGCAGAACUCUUUCAGAGACAUGGGUUGCAAUGGACCUUGGUAUUAUUACUUGGAAAAUUACAACUUAAAUUUUUUUUCUCAUUUGCAUCAUAGUUAUGCCUAGGAUUGUGCAGUUUAUCAGAAAUUUGCAUCAUGAAAAUGGAAAUCACUAAACAUAUUGAAGACAAGGCGCAUAUAGUUGAGUCCUUUUUGCUUAAUAUUUUCCAGCUGGACUCAGAAUUGUAGGAAUUGUAUGAAUGGAGAAACAUUCUGUCAGGUAGCAAUGCUGGAUAAAUGGAACAAACACUAGAAAUGGUUAGCAAAUUUAAAUAUUAAAAUGUAGGGCUUUUUAGAAUGAGGACACGCACAAUUAGAAUUAUUUUAGAAAUAGUAGAAGUAUUGCAGAAGUCAAUAUACCAAUAUACCGGCAGAGAUGGACUUUUUCUGUGUGAUCCUCGGCCCAUUUUGGAUCCAUGACAUUAUUCUGACCACUGUCCCCAUCAUGCAUAUUCACCAUUUGAGAAACAUAACAUCAGUAAUUAUUUCAUAAAUCUAGAAAUGAAAUAAUUUUAUUUUUGACAGACUGGAUCGAGUGAGUGUGUAAUGAUCAGUAAAAGUUGUAAAUUUUAUGUGCAAGAAGAUGCUUCAGUUUUGUCAACCAUUAGUAAUACAUGAUGUAAUAUAGAAUUAGCAGAAAGUUUUGAUUAAUUUUUCCCUAAAAGUGACCUAAAUAUUUUUGUGCAUAUUCGAAAAGGAGCACUUUCCUUUUAUUAAUUGUUAAUUUAGAGAAACUAUGCUUAAGCUGGUCUUUUGCAUUGCUAAUAUGACAUGUACCCCAUUUUUCAUUAAUUUGUAUUUUCAUUAAGUUGUAUAUUCUAUGUUUUGUAGUGUUUGGAUUGUUAAUGAAAAGCUAUUGUAUGUUCAUUUUUUCUGUAUUAUUGCCAUUCAUCUUUUGCUUGAUUAAAAUGUAUUUUUUUCUUUUAGAGGGAAGAAAUGAAAACAUAUAACUUAAAAAUUGGUCAUUACUAAAAUAGCACUGUAACUAUAAAUGAAUAGCUUAUGAUUGAAAUGGAGAAGCUUCUGAACAUCCCAAAACAAAAUGUCUUUUGAUCUUUGGGUUCCUCGAGUCUUGGUUAAAUAGGAGGAAAGAGAACACCGAACUCUACAAAUGGAUCUUCGUAAGACUUAAGUUAUGGUCAUCGUAUAAUUGUUCAUCCAAGCUUGGACGCUUUUAGAGUGAGGACAUGAUUAAUGGUUAUCCUGCAGUGAGCUUAAGCCUGCACUAUUCCACGUGCAUCAGAACAGAUGCUCAUCCUGUGCACACUUACUUACACUUUUCACUCCAAGGUAGUUAUCUUGUAAGAAUGUCAAGAUAUACAAGAAGGCCAGUUUUCCUUCUUUGAUCUGCCCAAGAAAGCAGAGGGACUGAGAGGCUGAAUAAGGAAGCAAUUGUAAAAAUUAAAACAGUGGUCUUCCAUCUUUUAAGACAUGAAACCUUGUAUGAUAUUCUAUCUGAGUGAGUCGAUAACAUUUUUUAAUAUAUUGCAUGCCAGUAGUGUUCAUAAGGCAUUGUCUCUGCCAGUUAGUGAGUUAAGAAAUCCACUUAUUUCAUGCCACAUACUUGGACACAUAAUGGUUUAUUUGGUCAGGUGGAUAGCACAACAAAUGUACUUAGCACACUCGCUCUUAUGAUGGCUGCUUCUUUUAAGAACCCUAAAGUUAAUUCAAAUAAAUAAGUAAUUUCCUGGAGCACACCUUAGAAACAAUUUACUUAUUCCAAUAGUUAUGUUGACCCUCGACUCUAGGGAUAGGCAUCAAAUGAGAUGCAAGUAGGUUAGUGCCCACAGGAGUCCUUUUAGGUAAGAAACAAAAUAAGACAUUUUCCCCUUUCUUUUGAAAGGAGCAUCCCUUCAGAGCUCCAUGGUGUGUCCCCAUUACUCCCUGGAGAUAGGUUUUAAAAAUCUGUUUCUUUUCUUAUUCUCUUAUUUAAAAAAAAAACAACUUCAUGUGCAAAGGUAGCAGCAAUAAAAGUCUGGACAACAGAUGUGAACUCCAAAGGGCUAGUGAUGUCCUGAAACAUUUGUAUGUGAGACAAUUCUAACUUAACAGAGUUGACUCCGAACUUUUCAAACAUUGGAACACAUGUAGCACUUUGAAUAUUGUAAAACUGUGUGUUAUACUUCAGAGGUCUUGUUGAAAGGCAACUUUUAAAGAUAUUUUUAUAUAAUUUCUCUCUUAUAUCCAGAAGUAGUCAAAGCACUGAAUGAGUUUAGGGAUGCCUAGCAAAAGCCAUUCAUAUAAGAAUGUGAGCCAAAUUAUUAUUCUUUCUUUAGAAGUUGAUGUCUCAGAAAAUUAUAAAUUAUUUGUAUUUAUAUAUAAAUCAUCAAAUCUUGCCCAACUGAUAACUCACGUGCUUGCUUUAAUGAGAAGGAUAUGUUAUCUGUGGUUAAUCAUAUGAUGAUAUGGAAACUUUCAUAAUUAUUCAUUAUUUGACAUUAGUUUCUCCCCUAUUGCACAUAGUAGUGUUAACCUAGAGUUUAAUGUGUUUAACCAAUUUGAGGAAAAUCAACCAUAUAAUUUUAUAAUAGGACAAUAUAACCUGUCUGAACCAAAUCCAUUAGUACAAUAUAUGUUGUGAGAAAUGCAAGCAAUGUUAUGAAAAUUUGGUCAUCUUGACCUCAGUGAGUCACAGUAGUGGUAGAUUGGAAUUUUUUUAACCAUAAAUAUUGCAAAAGUUAGCGACUGGCCAAACUUUGAUAUUGCUCUAUCCCACACUGUUCAGAGUCUCAGAUAUAUGUAUUUUUGUUGUAUAUUGUUUGCAAGGUUCCAACUACACUGGACAGUUUAAUCAACAAUUUCCAGGACAAGUAAAACAGCAGAAUAUUCAAGAGUCACAGCAAUAUAAUUCAUGUUGCUAUUAUAAGUUCACUUUAUACUUAAAAUAAAACUUUUAAAACUUGAGUUUUAAGAUUACGCUUUUAAAAAUAGUGAAUCUCCUAUCUCUGGGUAAUAUGUCCUUAACAUUUAAACUAAAUAUUUAGAAAAUAUUUGGGUCUUACAGGCUUUCUGUCAUAGAAGUGUAAAUAGAUAUAAAAAUGUGAAUCACAUGAUAUGGACAGACACUUGUUUAUUACCUACAGUUGUACAACAAGCUGCCCUUUUAUAGACCCGUUGGUAUUGGUAUCCUAACAAUGGGUCUGCUUAUUUUAGUUCAGUGUUUAAUAGAAGAUUCAUUUUGAUAAUACCAAAUCAUGAUAUAUAUAUUUUAAGAGGAAAAACUCAAAAUACAUUAGGAUUUAUUUGAUUACAGCAAACAAUUCUUUCAGUGUUGAAUAUCUCUAUUUUCCAAAGAUGGUGAACUUUUACCAGUAUUAGUCUACAUUGUCAUUUAUAUCACCAAAUGAGUUUGUAGAUUAAUGCAAUAAAUUUUCUAAUAAAAAUUUCUAAAUAGUGCUUAUUUCUACAUAUGACUCCACUGUUGAAUAAUGAAGGAAAAGAUUUAUGAUCCUACUGGAUAAUUAAUAAUUUUGUCAUGUGUGGCUUCAUAGCAUUUUAUAUAUACAUUUGAAAACCAGUAACACUGUUAUAUUCAAUUGCUGGUGUGUAUGCUUUUCCUUCAGAUUGCUUGUUUUUAAGGAGAGAAGCAACAUUUUAUUUCUAUAUGGAUUCUUGGCCAAGUCAUGUUAUCUUAUGGGGAUUUGCUUUUUAAUUUCAGUGUCUGUUAAUGCUUUUGUUAAUAAUUAAACAUCAUUGAAACAUUCACUUAGAAUGCUAUGUCCCAGGGUUCACAGAUAGAUAAAACAUUGUUUCUUUUCCCGAUAGCUGUUUAUUUGUUGGGCAUGAAUGCCAGGUAUAGCAGGGGAUACAGAGAAGUGUGGCAUGAGCUGCCUUCAAGUGUUUAUUCAGUUAGGGAAAUAAAACAUCUUAUUAGCUGCAUGAAUUUGGUAAGUACUUAAUCUCUCAAGGCUUUGGUUUCUAUGUGUUAGUGUGUUGGGAAUAAUAAUACCUAUUUUAUAGGAUAUUGUGGAGAUUAAAUAAUUUUAUACACAUAUAUUUAUUUCAGUUCCAGGCAUGUAGUAGAAAUUUAGUAAAUGUUAGCCAACAUCACUGUUAUAAAAAUUAUCUAAUAAUGUAAGCUAGUUUUCAAUAAUCCAAAUCAGAAAAAUCAGAGAAAUCCGCAGAGGUAUUGAAACCCAGCACACUAUCUGCAUGAAGAGGCUGAGAAAGAUCACAGACACACAGUGAGAACACUGAGGUCUAUAGAGAAUAAGAGACUAAAUCAUAAAACUACAAUGGCUUUCUAUUAUGGAGGUGGAGCUAAUGCAGAAAAUGGAAGAAAAUCUAGAUUAAAUGUGAUGUAAAUUUCUUAAAUGGAUAUAAGACCGGAGAAGGCUUCCUGGAACUAAAAAUAAAUAUUUCCCAGUUAAAAAUUCAUUAGAGGAAUGGAAAAACAAAAACAGUACUUCCUGCUGAGGCUGAAUUCAUAUUUUAGAAGAUGAAAUACAAUAAGGAAUAAAAUUUCAAAAAUGGAAAUCCUGGAUAAGAGGAAGAAUUGUUCCACCUGUACUAAUAAUUAAGCAGUCAUUGACCCAAGAGAAGAAAAAAAGGGAAUAAUGGAGAAAUAGUAAUGAAAGAAUAAUAAAAGUUUCACGUGAGUCUAGAGCUUUCAGAUCUUUUAAAUAUGAAAAGGUAUACUAGAUUAAUGCAAUAAAAUUAAUGAAAAAAAUAUGGAGGAAGUACAUCUUUAUGAAAUUUCUGAACUUGAAAGACAGAAAAGAUGGCCAGGGAUUUAGUUCAGUUUUUCCACCACCUGCUUUGAAAGCACAAGGUCCCAAGUUCAAUCCUUGGUACCAAACAACAACAACAACAAUAACAACAACAACAACAGCAACAAAACAAAGAAAGAAAAGCAAAUUUAAAAUCAUACAAGCAGAAUGAGCAGGUUGCUUACAAAGGGACGAAAAUUAGAUCAAAUAGAGAAUGCACAGGGUUGGAGGAUGAAUGGGGAGGAGGCCACGGCAAGGAAGAGCAGUGACUGUGGAACAGAGUUGGGUAGGUUCCUGUUGUUCUGCUGCAGCAAAAUUGCAUCUCUUCCAGGACAUCACAGCCACCUUCCACUAGAUUGCUAAACAGCCCCCAUUCAUUCUGCCUCAAAUCUCUGGACCAAGCUAGUCUAUACCAGACAGGGACAGUGGCCUCAAGAAGAGGAGAGGGAGCCAGUGUGGUGGACUAGCAUGGGAUAAGAAGCUAGGGAUACAGAAACACCAUUUAUCAUACUUUGUUGAAUUGCUGUUAAAGAAUCAGUGAAAAAAAAUUCAAGGACAAAAUUGGUGGAAGCCUUGCAUGGCUCUUGGGUAAUGGCAUGUUAUCCUUCCUCUUAUGUUGAUAAUAUGGCCUUCUUUACCAACUGUCAACAAUAGAAAAUCCAAGUAGGCCACAGAGUGGUCACUCUGCCAUGGUAUAAUUGAUAAUUAGAAUAUGAUGUAAAACUGUAUGGAACAAAUGAUUUUUAAACACCUAAGAGCAGAAUUUCAAGUCUAUUAACAUUAUAACACUCCACUAAGCAGAGAAUAUACUGCUGAACUACUGUUGGAGUUUCUUCUUUUUUAAGGGUUUUAGCUAGUUGUACAGCUGCAUCUUGGACAUUAGGAUAAGUACGAGAACAGACAGAAACAUUAUCCUCUCUAGAGGUCCAACUAUGAUCAGGACCUUGAGACAUUGCUAUCUAAGGGUCUGGAAGAGAACCAUGCUAAAAUUAAGGUGAAGAGUUGGGAGACUAUAGACCAAACCUGAAGUGUGUCAACACAGUACUUGUUAUAAAUCACAUGUAGUUUUGGAAGCUCAACACUGGCUUCCAUGGUUGAGUUCUUCCAAUCAAGGCACACCACACGGGAUUAUGAAGAAAACAGAUCUAGCACUUGUCGUCACAUUCCAACGUUUGGAGUCAUGUAGUAAGGUUUAUUUGAUCUUUAGUGAGAAGGAGAUCUUUUUUUAGUACCUAUUUUGUGUGGUUGGCUUAUAAACCUAGCUUGAGGACUGUGUAGCUCAAAGGUAGAGCUUGUGUCUAGCAUGCAAGAGACCAUGGGUUUGACUCCCAGCACCACCACAGCAAAAACAAAAACAAAAUCAAAAGCAAAGCAAAACAAAACAAAACAAAAACCUAUAAGACCCAAUAUAAUAAUGUUAUGAGUAUACUCAGAAGUAUUUUUUGCUUCAGAUUAACUAAAUCUUCUGUGUAUCUAAAAGAAGGGAUAUUAACAAAUAUCCCCAAAGUGAAUAAAAUUUACUAACUCAAGAUAAUGCUUGAAUUAUACAUAUACACCUGUAGGUACAAAAUUUUUUUUAUUUUUCACAUGUAUGAGAAAAAUACAAUAAAUCAUUGUUGUUUUUAAAGAAAAAAAUUAACAGUACCCUCAUCUUAUAUAUACAUUUACAAGACUCUAGUUAUUAUCAUUUAAAAUUCUCUUCCAUCAAGUCCUCAACACAUGGGGGUGACCUGUUUUCUAGCCAAUACGUUUGGAACUAAGAAACUAGUGGAGACUAUUUAACUUCAGUGUGUAUAUCUAUAAUAUCUACUAACUCUGGUACAUGUGGUAAAUGGAAAAUGGGGUCAACAUAAAGUGGAGGUAGGGUUAGGUAGGACACAAUUUUUCUGAGGCAAAGGAAGGUAGAAGAGUGGGUGUCAAAUUAAGUCUUCAAUAGAAAAGGAGAAAGCUUUCAUCUCAGCUGUUGCUUUAUCAUCACUUCUUGAGAAAAGUCUUUCCUGACCACUUAUGUCGUAGAGAACCACUGUCUUAUAUUCCACUACCCUGCUGGACUGUCUUCACGAGGCUUAUUGUCUGAAGUCAUAUUAUUUCAUUGUUUUGUUAAUUUAUGCAUUGUUUGUCUUGCUAACUAGAAUGUUACCUCAAUGAGGGUGAGAUUUUUUUCUGUUUGGUUCGCUGAUAUACCGCCAUACUCAAGUGUCUGGCAUAUGGCAAGGAUUCAUUAAAUAUUGACUGACUAAAUAAAUGAAUAAUGAAAUCUC